AUGGGCUGCGGAGCCAGUACACGGGUGGCGCCAGGCACUACGCAUUGCCUGGUGGUGCAGGAUGGCGUAAGUCGUCGCUACGAGCACUCCAUCUUCCCCGUGGAUGCUCGAUGGGCACAGGAUGGAGUCGCGAAGUACCUCCGGAAGCUUGCAAUGAGCCCUCUGGUUCGCCGCAGUACGCCGAAUGCGGCGGACCCGCCCCUGGUGAUCCUGAUCGUGAUGAAGAUCUUCAGGACUGUGAACUCCUGGUCAGCGGGAUCGGUGGAGGCAGCGCGGUGGUGGCAGCAUGUGGAUGAGACCUUGGAUGCGUCCGGAGGUCACAAGAGGCUGCCCCUCAACCUGGACGACAAGAACCUGCUGGAGCUGCACCGGGCACAGCAGAUGCGGUUGAGGCGCAUCAUCUUCAUGCCGCCGAAGCAAAUUCCUUUGUCUCGUACGCGGACGAAACGGGCUAUGGCGAUUGAGGUGAUGAAUGGGGCGAUGAACAACGGAUGGCAGUACUACGUUGGCUGGCAGGUGGACCAGGAGAUGACACAGAGGAUCCUCGCAUACAGGAACUACACAGGCGGAGAAGGACGCGAGCUCAUGGCCAUGGAGGCAGAAAGGACGUGGUCCGAGGCACAGCAGGCCACGGCGGCCAUGAGCGCAAACUGGGCGAACGUCUACGACGCUGCUUACACGUACCUUUUGUGGCAGACUGCUAGGGACUGGAGAUGGAAGCCGGAGCUCGUGUUCAUGGAAACCUUCACGCAGCCGAAAAGCUAA